AUACGUAAUUAAUAUACUAAACAGUGUUUGAUAUUAGUCGCGUGCUCGACUCUGAUAGCGCGGGUCACAGGGCACUCUUAUAAAGACAAGUCUGCUAUGAACGCGACCGCAGUAUCUAAGAGCUCUGGUGUUCAUGCAGCGGCGUCGUCGCUUUUUACACACACUUAAAAUUAAGUGAAUCAAAUCGACCCCAAAAUGCCUUGGACAAGCACAAAUAGAAUAUACGCUAAGCCCUCAAGCACGAGUGCUAAUGAGACUCCUUCACCUUCUUUGGCCAGCCCCCGGGUGGCUUUAACUGCUGCCGAGGACUCCGGCGGUAGGUUUGAACUCUGCGACCACGGAUACGGCAAAAGCUCGGUUAAGCUUCUCCAUGUUCACCGAGACGAAGGACAUCACGUUAUCAGGGAGUUUGAAGUCUUUACGGAACUUAAAUUGGCUUCGGAGACAGCAUACAUUUUAGGUGACAAUAAAGAAGUCGUUGCGACCGAUUCACAAAAGAAUACAGUGUAUUUACUCGCCAAGAAAUACGGAGUGAAGACUCCUGAAGAAUUUGGUGCUGUAGUUGUUAAUCAUUUUUUGUAUAUGUACAAGCAAGUGCUGGAAGCAAAAUGUCGCGUUAUCGAGUACCCCUGGGAGCGACUGCAGGCGGGGACACCUCACAGCCAUGCUUUUGUUUUUUCACCAAUCGCCACGCGGUGGUCGGAAGUAUCACAAACUCGUCACGAGGCAGUGGUGGUUAAAUCUGGCCUCAGCGGACUCCGCGUAUUGAAAACAACACAAUCAGCAUUUGUUGACUUCGUACAAGAUGAAUACACAACACUGACUGAUGCCGUAGAGCGAAUAUUUAGCACGAUCGUCGAAGCGGAAUGGAUUUACGACAACAUGCGUACAGCUGAUUUCGAUAACGCAUGGCUUACAGUCAAGGAUGCCAUACUGGACAAAUUCGCCGGCCCUCCCGAUACGGGGGUGUAUUCACCCUCCGUCCAGCACACCUUAUAUCAGGCUGAAAAAACUGUUCUCGAAAAAGUUAGCGAGAUAACAUGGAUUAAGAUGACAAUGCCGAACAAACACUACCUGAACAUCGAUAUGUCCAAGUUCCCAGUGAACGUGACCAAAGGGGACCCGAGACAUUUCAUUUACCAUCCCAUAGAUCAACCCGCGGGACUGAUCUAUGCGCAACUGCGACGUAGGCCCAAGAGCAAGCUGUGAAGUUGAAGUGAAGUCGAGCUACGAAUUAAAGAGUCGUGGAAAAUUGUGAUACUAUAAAUACAUUUAAAUAAUCACCCCGAAUCGAGAACCUUGCUUCUGAUUUCAAGUUGGUAAUACAUAAAGGAUUCGUAAUUCGUAGAGUCCAUCAAAUCCAAUAACCUUUGCACUAGACGCCUUCAGCUCUAACACUAGGAGCAGGCUUGGGGACCCCGG